GUUCGCACGGCGGCUGCCAACCGGCCUGAUGGUGAGGUGCCUCAGGCCUUCAGGCAGAAACAGUCUAUCGUGCCGGCCGAGCUGGACAUGCACAAGACCGUGGCGCAGGCUCAUUUGGGAGUUUCCCUUAGCUUCUUCGGCGAGGUCGAUGCCUCCUCCGGAGAAGAUCUGCUGAACGUCUCUGCCGGGGUGGUCUUGAGAGCCACGCUGGACCUCGGAAGUGCUUUCUGGCGUGCGGUGGCGACGCGACGGGAGAAGGACUUCGGCUUCGUGCAUGCGUCCAGAAGCGGCACCUGGGGCACGUUCGAGCCCGGCAAGUUGCCGACGCACCCUGUGCUGUUGGACAUUGGGUGCGGCCAGCUGCGGAUUUUCGAUGCAAGUGAAGGUGCUGAACCGUACAAGAACCUGAUGCACUCUGUUGAUUUAUAUGAUCUCUUGGACAAUGACUCCGCAGAGAACACGGUCACAGAGCCAUGCAUGCUUAUCGAGUCGCUGGCUGUGCCAAAAAACUACUUCUGUGCGGAGGCCGAAUCCAUCAAGUUCGUGCGAGAGGCCCUGGAGCUGCAGUUGGGGCGCUUCCGCUCAAUUGGGUCGGCCAUGACAGACGCGAAGGCCCAGGAUAACAAGUCCUUCGCUCUCCAGCGUGAGCCAGUGGAGGUUUUCGCAGACACCACGUGGUUUCGGCAGUUUAAUCCGAUCGACAUGAAGAGCUGGUUCCCGGAUUUGCCGACAGCACGCGCAGAGGAGGUGGAGACCCCGCUCCAGCGAUGGGCGCGGGGCAAGAAGUGA